UUUUACCAAAAAAAAAACAAAAAAAAAGUCCAUAGUUUUUCAUUUCAGAGAAAAACAAGCUUUGAGAGAUGGAGGAAGCGAAGUCAAUGACUCAGCAGCAGCAGCAAUUUCUCUUACAGAAACAGAAACAGCAACAGCAGCAGCAACAAAUGCUUCUCUUACAACAGCUUCAGAAACAGGCCCAGCACCAUCAUCAUCAGCAGCAACAACAACAAGCGAUUUCUCGGUUCCCUUCCAACAUUGAUGCCCAUUUACGUACUACUCCUGGCGUUCUUCCCAAUCGUCCUAUUAACAUCCAUCAAAACCUUAAUUCUACCCCCAAUCCUAACCCUAACCCUAAUUCCGCUCCUAAUUUACAACAACCACAACAACCUCCACAAUCACAGCCGCCUCCGCAGCAGCAGCAGAAGCAGACACGACCGUUGAAUCAAGCGGAACUCCAGAUGGCUUAUCAGGAUGCCCUGCGUGUUUGUCACCCUGAUUUUAAACGACCAUUCUCUUCCCUUGAAGAUGCAUGUGAGAGGUUACUACCUUACCAUGUUGUAGCGGAUUAUGAAGAAGAGGAGGAUGACAGAAUUCUCGAUUCUGACCCAGCUGGCCAGAUGCCAUCUCGCUCCCAGCAGUGGGAUCACAACGUUGCUGCCAAAGUUGCAGAGUUCGCUGCCACAUUUGAGAAACAGGCACUUGCCUUCAAUAUAAUAUCUCGCAAACGAACUGCAGGGGAAUUUCGAUCAGAGGAAAGGUUGAUGGUUGAGCAGGCUCUUCUCCAGGAAGAGAAGAGAGCCAUGGUGGAGUUGAAAGCAGAAAUAGAAUCUAGGGAGAAGGCUGGUCGGGAGGCUCAUGAGGCUAAGAUGCGUAUGGCAGCAAUGGUUCAGGCAGAGCAAGCUCGAGCCGAAUCCCAAGCUCAUGCUGAAAUUAUGGCCCGAGGCCCUAUAAGGGUAAAUGCACUUGGAUCUCAGGGAGGCAACCUUCCAAUUAUUCACGACAUUGGGGAGCAGUCACAGGGUGUGAACCCUGAUGAGAUGAUGAAUGGAUGGGGGAACAAUGCACAGAGGGAUGAAAAGGAGCCAUCCGAAGAUUUCUUAAAUGAUGAAGAGACUGACAAUGGAGAUAUGGGGGUGCAGAACGAAUGGCGUGAAGUUGGUGAGUUUGAUUUGAACAGUAGAUAAGUCAUGAAUGGUGAUGGUUAUCGGCAUUUUAGUAUCCCCAUCUUUUUUAUAAUCGACUGCCUUUGUUUUUCUAACUUUGUAAAAGAAAACUCGGCUUAGAUGAUCUUGUGUUUAUAUUGUCUUAGACAAGCUAAAGCAAAUAGUUUUAUUCUGUGGUGAACUGCUUGAGGCUUCCAUUUAUCCUUUUAAAGUAUCUUGUAAAUUCUCAAAAAUUAUUUAA